CCGCCCUCUUCUCUCUCACGCCAGAUGCAGGGCGUCACUGUGCACUCCCCCUCCACUUCUUCGCGCGGAAGAAUCCGCCCGCGGCACGGACCGGAAGCUUCGCGGUCGUCUUCUCUCCUGUUCGAGGCGACUGCGUUUCGGCGAUUCGCGACGAGGCGACGGCGAUUCGGGCGCGCUAGGGAGCCGGUCCGCGUCGGAGCUGUGGACGACGAAGCCGAGGUGGUCAGCAAGGUGCUCCGUUCAAGACCGAAGACGAAGAGGGCGCAAAUCCGGCUCCCUCCAGGUUCGUCGCCACUGCUUGGUUGCUUUCACCGUCCGACCAUCGACUCCAGCAUCGGAUCCCCAAUCCAGCAGUUCGAAUCGUCUUAUUACCGCCCAAAUCUUCGGAUCUUGAGCAUGGACCCUGCCAGCAAUGCGACAUCGUCGCAGGCGAUGUCGAAUCCGUCAAAUGCCCAGCAAUUUCCUCCACCACCACCCUUAUGGCCAACAGGUUACAUGCAGCAGAAUCCAGUCGAUUGCAACAUGAUGGGAAACAUUAAUUUUCCUAGUCCUGGUCAAGGUCCAACUACAAUGUGGGCGCCAAUUCAGGCAGGGAACACUAGUUCCCAAUCAACCAUGAUCCCUGCUUCCCAAUCUGCACUAUAUUGGAAUCACUACAUGAAUUUUGUGAGGAACCCUCUUGGCUCAGUGGGAAUGAGUCCAUACACGGAUUCAUAUCCACCUUCACUAUCAAGUACACCGUUGCAGGGUUCUAAUACUAUACCACAAAUGCCUCUAAACUUGGAGUCAGAUGUUGAACACAGUGUUCAGGACAUCAAUAGUCCUGAGAAAAAUGCACCUCCAGUUCAAAAACAAAAGAAAUCUAAGGAACAAAACUUUACAGCCCCAGAAGACAGACUCCUUUGUACUACUUGGUUGCAAAUAAGUAGUGACCCCAUUGUGAAUACUAGGCAAAGGAGGGAGGGUCUCUGGGCCAGAAUUGAAAAAAGGUACAAUGAACAAAGGGGGGAAUUUCCUUGUCGACUUAACAGAGCACUCAGUAGCCGAUGGGACAAGAUAAGGGCUGAUGUCAGUAAAUUCUCUGGAUACUACGCGAGAGUUCUACGAGAGAAACAAAGUGGUCUAAGUGAUGACGAUAAGACAUCGAAGGCAGCCACAUUGUUCGCUCAUGAGGAGGGCAAACCAUUUCAUUAUAUGCACUGCUGGCAUCAACUGAAGGGGGAACCCAAAUGGGAGAGCAUAUGUCAAGGACACUCUUUUAGAGGAUUACAUGCAAGAUCAAUACCUUCGUCGGGGUGUCCAUCAGUGCAAAUACCGGAGACUGACAGUGGAUCCGCUGGACUCUCAGGAAAAAGGCCCCGUGGCCGUGAUUUCAGUAAAGCUGAGAGAAAGAAAGCUGGUUCAUCUUCGUCCCCGGAGUACUUAAGCCGAUUACAAGAAAUUACUGAGAAACAAAUACAGAGGUCCAUUGAAAAGGGGGAAAAAAAGAAAAGACCACUGAAGAAGAUAGGGAGAUACAAAAGAAGAGAUUGGACUUGGAAGCCCAAAAGUUAAGCAUAAGACAAAGGGAACUCAAACUAGAAGAACUCAAAUCGGCAGAACAACGUUUGCAGAUGCUGUUGUCGACAAACGAAGAAGAUGUAGAUCCUGAAGUUUGGGUUGUCAUGAAGGAACAGAAAAAAAAUUGCAGCAGUUCAUAUUUACUUUUGAGCAAUGAUGAAAGGUUGUGUACGCUGUGCGCCUGUGCUAUUCACACUUGUUGAGACAAUUUUAGGUUACUUCGUUUACGAAUUUGUAUUAUGCGGAACCGUAUUUGUUUGGUCGAACCACUGUAUCUUAAGUUGUUUGCUGUUGUAUUAGACAAUAAUGAGCUUGGAUGUCAUAAAUGUUGUAUUAUGUACUAAGUAUGUCUUAAUUAAGAGUAAUAAUUUAAAAAA